AUGGCCUCGCGGUUCGGCGCUGCCGCGUCGCCAGCUGCCGUCUCUCAUGGCGGCGGCUUCUACACAAACGCCCCGGCCAUGCAGAGCCUAGGCAACGUAUCCAUGCCCAGGCCCGGGUACAUGCGCCUGAACUCGAGUUCUCCAUCUUUACUCCCUAUGGCAACACCAAACGGAAACGGCGCAGCACCCGGUGGUCCUGGCGGUGGUGGACCUUCUGGAGCAGCACCAAACAGCAAUAACAACAACAUGUCGGCGCCCACGGCGGCGUCGUCGUCGUCACGAAACCAGCAACAACAACCCAACGGCUCCAGCUCGAGGUCGCAUCGUCCAGACAAAAAGGACACAAAAGAGGUCGCUUGGGUCCACUGGCGUGCGCUCAAGGACUUUUUGGCAGCAUGGUCGGCCAAAGAAUCUCCCAGUGCCCGCGCCAGCGCUCGCGAGAAGCUCACUCGUCUAACUCGACUCCAGUUCCUCGAGCUCAGCACCGACGUUUACGAUGAGCUCAUGCGCCGUAUCAACGUCGACCGCGGAGCGUCCGACGGGGCAGCACCGUUCCUACCUGUGCGUGACGACUUCCACCCCAAGCGCAACCAGGCGCGACAGAAACUUGCUACGCUGCCCAAGAACCGUUUCAAGGACCUUGCCAGCGAUGUCUUCUUUGAGCUGCGUCGCCGCUACCCGGAGUUUGAUGACAUGGACCACCAGCAGCAACUGCCGCAGCAGGCAGGUGCACCGCAGCAGCACCAACAGCAACAGCAGCAGCAGCAGGUGUACGAUGAGCCGCCAGCACCGGGACCCAUGGCUCUUGGCGGUCUCUACCAGCAACAACCCAUGCCGCAACAAAAGUCGGUUGGCCACAAGGUCAGCAACUCUGUGAGCUCUGUACACUCGGCGUCCGGCACGCGGCCGACGCAUCACCGCAAGGGCUCGUCAGUGGGCAGCAGCGGCGGGCGAAUGGAGCAGCUGGCCAGCUCCUCUCCCAAGGGCACGGCAGCAAACCUUACAAGCGCUACCAACGACGUCGUGGUCCCCAACAAGAGCCGACUGCAAGAGGAGGAGAUUGAGGUCCCCUAUGCGCGCGACACGAUCAUGGAGCUGUCCCCGCCCACCAAGGGCGAGCCGAUCGGCCCCAGCGGUCUGCGCGGCGACUUCCGCUCCGACUCGCGAUCAAGUGCCCAUGGCGGUGCGGGCACCACCGAGACGGCCACUUCCCCCACGGGCCACACCGACGACGGUGGUGCCCAGUACUUUGACCGCAUGUCGUUUGCGUCCAACGUGUCCCGAUCAAAGGGUAUGGGCGAAGGGUGGGAGGACCAGGAGAACAAGCUGCGGGCCGAGUACGAGAUGCGUAUUGUUGGCCUGGAACGCCGCUUGCAGGCCGCCGAGACGGACAGGGACGCAUUGGCAAAGGAAAUCCAAGAGGAACGCGAACAACGAAAGGACUAUGAAGACGAGGUGCGCGGUCUCAAGGAGCGUGCGACCACCCAUGCGUCGUCCCUGCGAAGUGUCCAGCACGAACUGGACCUUGCGCGCGACGCCCACGAUGCCGUCCGCGGCCAGAACGAGCAGACUUCGGUGCAGGCUCAAGAGGAGAUCUCGCAGUGGCGCGAGCGGUGCGAGGGCCUCGAAGAUGAACUGCGCAGACUCGAAGACGACCGCGCCGACCGCGCAACGCAAAUGGCACGCGCGCCCGCCGUCGACGACGCGGUGGUGACCGAACUCCAGUCCGAGGUCCGCAGCCUCGUGGACGAACUGAACAACCUCUCGCUCCGCAACGACGAGCUCAUGUCGGAGCGCGAACGCGAGAUGGAGGCAGCGGCCAUGCUCGAGAAGAAGGUGGACGAGUACAAGCAAAAGUUUAAUGCUGCGCGUACCCAGCUGCGCAACAUCAAGGCCACGUCCACCAUGUUCAUCUCUCAGCCCCUGACCGACGACCACCUCCCAGCCUCGCCCGAUGGCAACAUUGCCGACAUGAACGUCUCGGCGUUCCAGCAAGCCAUUGACGGUCUGCUUGCCGCCGCACGCUCCAGCCAGCCGACCGGUGUCCUCCCGGCCAUGAAGGCCAUCGUCGAGACCGUGACCAACAUUGGCGAGGACGUAAAGUCGUUUGAGGAGGCACCCAACCUCGACGUUGACGUCUCGCGCCUCGAGCUGCUCAAGCACGAGUCGACCACGCGCCUGUCGUCCCUCAUGACUGCGGCACGCAACCACGCCAUGGCCUCGGGCCUGUCGCCUGUCUCGCUGCUCGACGCCGCUGCAGGCCACCUCGCUGCCAACGUGGUCGAGAUUAUCAAGCUGCUCAAGAUCCGCCGCACUGGCAGCACGCGCGAGAUUCUUAACCAGCGCAUGAGCAUGAGCAUUGGCGACAUGGUCCGUCGCAGGUCCAUGAUGCACGGCAACACCCCCGACGAGGAGGACGAGGACGACAUUGCUACCUCGCCACGGGAAGAGCGUCUCCGCGAAAACACCCGCGCGAACGGCAGUGGUGGAGCAGGUUAUGGAGCGGUGCCGACCAUCACCUCUCCUCCCCGGGCCAACCUCUCCGCCGCACCCCCCUCGGCGUACGACGCACCUGGUGGUCUCCCCCAGUUCCGCAUCAACAGCUUCCAGUCCGCCAGCUCCACCGCCCAGCGCUCCGACUCGUUCUCGCUCGAACGCAAGGGCUCCACGGCAUCCGCCGCAAGCGACUACGAUGCCCCUCGCUCCCGUCUCGUCGAGCACAAGCAUGAAGCGUCGUUCUCGUCGCGCAACGCCCCGACCCCGACCCGUGCGCCCGUCAACCCAGCCGACCUGUCCGGCUCCAGCCACUCGCGUGGUGCGAGCCUCGCGUCAGCUACGAGCGACUCGUCCGCGCCCGGUCCGGCAACCACACACGACCACGGCGGAUACGAGCGCUACGCUCCUUACGGCCAGCAGGCCUCGCCCGACGGCAACGGCGCCGCAGGCGCGCCGGGCGCCGGCGGCAGCGACCAGGAAUGGGACGACCUGAAACCGUACCUCAACACGCAGUCGUCGACGCUCGUCAACUCGAUCCAGAACCUGCUCGCCGCCAUCCGGACGGGCGGGCAGGGUCCCGCGCUGAACGAGCACCUGUCUGAAGUGAUCGCCAUCUCGACGUCCAUCGUCGCCGUGUCGAGCAACGCCCUCCCGUCCCGCCUGCGCGCGACGGGCGACCCGCUCCUCGCCGAGCUCGUGGGCAACACGGACAAGCUGAGCGAGGCGCAGCAGACGGCCGCGAACGCCGGCGGGUUCGACAAGCAGCUCCGCCAGGGCAUCGCCAGCGCGAGCUUUGGCGUCGCAAAGGCCCUCAAGGCGCUCAUGAAGGUGGGCGAGUGA